CCACAGAGCCGAGAAAGUCCGCGCGCGCGCUGCCGUCCUCCGUUAACGAGCCAACUGAACGAACAGCAACUGACACUAACGGCCGCCAUGAAGGAGCAGACGCGUCUUGUUCUUUGCCUUCAACUUUUCACAGCCUGCCUGGUGUUUGGGGUGAACGGCGACUUCUGCGAGGUGAACGUGUGCGUCAACGGAGGCACCUGUGUGACCCGGGCGGGCGCCCCCAUCCUGUGCAUCUGCCCCGACGGCUUCUCCGGGGACACCUGCAACGAGACGGAGACCGGGCCGUGCCAGCCCAACCCGUGCCAGAGCGACGGCGUCUGCGAGGCGAUGGGCGGCUCCCGCCGGGGCGACGUCUUCGGCGAGUACGUCUGCAAGUGCCAGCCGGGCUUCGACGGAGUCCACUGCCAGGAGGGUGUCGAUCGGGCAGAUUUCAGUUCGAGAACAGAUGUGAACGAGUGCGCCGCCCAGCCGUGUGGGAACGGCGGCGCCUGCAGGGACCUGGAAGGAGACUUCAAAUGCCAGUGCCCGUCCCCGUAUGUGGGCAAACGUUGCCAACUGCGCUGCAUCUCUCUGCUCGGCAUGGAGGGAGGGGGCGUCGCCGAGUCCCAGAUCUCGGCCUCCUCGGUGCGGUACACCAUGCUGGGCCUGCAGCGCUGGGGCCCCGAGCUCGCCCGGCUGCACAUCUCGGGCCUGGUGAACGCCUGGAGCGCCGCCGCGCACGACAAGAACCCGUGGAUUCAGAUCAAAAUGCAGAGGGUGAUGCGCUUCACCGGCAUCGUGACGCAGGGCGCCAGUCGUAUGGGAUCGUCUGAGUUCAUCAAGGUCUUCAAAGUGGCCUCCAGCCUGGACGGCAGGACGUUCACCGUCUAUCGGACCGCCGGCCAGAGGACGGACAAUGUGUUUGUCGGUAACCUUGACAACGACAGCACCAAGACCAACCUGUUCGACCCGCCGAUCAUCGCCCGGUACAUCCGCAUCAUCCCCGUGGUGUGCCGCAAGGCCUGCACCAUGCGCAUGGAGCUGGUGGGCUGUGAGCUCAACGGUUGUUCCGAGCCGUUGGGCAUGAAGUCCCGGCUGGUGUCCGACCGCCAGAUCACGUCCUCCAGCACCUUCCGCACCUGGGGCAUCGAGGCCUUCACCUGGCAGCCCCGCUACGCCCGGCUGGACAAGCAGGGCAAGACCAACGCCUGGACCGCCGCCGCCAACGACCAGGCGCAGUGGCUGCAGGUGGACCUGGGCUCUCCCAAGAAGAUCACCGGGGUCAUCACACAGGGGGCCAAAGACUUUGGCUCCGUCCAGUUCGUCACCGCCUUCAAAGUGUCUCACAGCGACGACGGCCACACCUGGACCGUCGUGCAGGACCCGACCACCGGGUCGGACCAGAUCUUCCCGGGCAACGUCGACAACAACGUCCACAAGCAGAACCUCUUGGAGCCGCCGUUCUACAGCCGCUACGUCCGCAUCCUGCCGUGGGAGUGGCACGAGCGCAUCACGCUGCGGAUGGAGCUGCUGGGCUGUGACGAGUAGCGCCGCCCUGGCCCCUCCCCCUCCCCCCACCCACCCCACCCCUUCCCUCCUCCUGAGCCACACCUGCACUGCCUUGCUCUCUGCCCUAGGGGGCAGCAAACACCAGAGUAGCACCCCCCCCUCCCUCCUCCCUCCCCCUGCUGGUUGGAGAUGUUGCCCUUAACCACUGUUUCCAGGCCCCUGGUUGAGUUCAGCUCGUCGUCGGUUCCCCGUAUUGAUCGCUCUUCUUUCACCAAAUCUGCGAUCAAUUUUUAAAAAACGACAGUUUAUCUUCUUCCUCACUGAGCUGCGGUCAGAUUUACACCGACCGGCUGAAUGAAAGGCGGCGACUCCCUCAUCCCCGGGUCUGAGGGGCUGCUGCUGUAUCGGUAGCUGCUGCCUAGACUCUGAUCCUGGAUCAGUUCCACCUUGACCCUCCAGGACCCUCGUCUGGUGAUGUACAUAAACUCCGCUUGUCGGCUUUCUCACGUCCUAAAACCCUCGAGACGCGCAGAAUAUUUAUAAAAGAUGUUCUGAUGAUUCUUUGAAGCUUUCCGUCGAUUCUUCUUCGUCACCAAAAAGUUAAUCUGCACAUGAAACAUCAUUUAAAUAUUGGCAAGUCGCCUUUUUAACAUCUGGUAAACAAAGACGACACGCUCGUUGCUCUUCAGUUGGAGAAACUAGCAACCGAUGCCAAAUAGUUUACAAUCUAUUUGCCAUAUUUCUGUUUAAAAACAAACGAGACGAGACUCAAAAUGUCUUUCAGUUUUCCUGAUGUUUCUCCACAGUGAAACCCUGAGUUCAGGUUUCCCGCGGUUCGUCAGUUUGAACCGUUUUAGAGGUUCAACGAGCGACAUGUCAACAAAGUAUUCACUAAACCAAGAUCACACUGUUUACACUGUUUACAUUCCUGUUCAAAGCAUCAACACACACACAUGUACGAUUCAUGUGGGUUCAUGAAGAAAAGAAUACAGUUGACAGUGAACCGACCACACACACACACACACACACACACACACACGGGACAAGAGCAUAUUCUCGUGCACCAGAUCUCGAGUUGACGUGGCACGUCAAAGCCCCCCCCCCCCCCCCGUCAGUGCAGCAGAUGUCGGUCCUGAAGGAGGCGGCGACGCCCUCGUCUUCGCCUUCGUCGUCGGACGGGACGUCGACAAAGAGUUUGAGAUGGUUGUCGAGUGAAGGAGACGAGCCGCCCGCUCCCUUCUGACCGAGGUUCACGCCGCCGCCGCUCUGGAACCGUGCAAAAACAAUAUUAAUACAAGUGUUAAAAUAUCAUUGAACAGGCUGUUGUUGUUGUUGUUGUUGACGCGUGUGAUGAACCUCUUCAGAUCUGGAAGCAUCCCUGUAUAAAUCCAUUUCUUCGCCGUUGAAUCCAGGAUCUUGCGUCUGAACUUCCUGUCCGUCGCUCGUCGCCGUCGGCGUUCAGACUUCACGACGUCGUCUCCGCUCUGCCCCUAGUGGCCGGUGCGCGCGACUGGAACGUUCCGUACGCGCGGCUGUGCUUCAUGUCACUUUGUUUUGUUGUCACACUUUUGAUGUUUUGUGUUUUGAAAUAUCUAAAUAAAUAAACGGUGUUGUCGAAGAACAAAUAUAUUCAUUAUUACACGUGGAAGCAAAAGACUAAAAAACCAACGCACACGAGUUCAGAGUGUUGGUGGAGCCGAGCGGGGGGGAAUCCCUUUCCGUUGACGCGUGUCUGCUGCUCUGAGAUCAGCGUCGUGGAUGUUCUCCGCGUGGCGUUCAGGGUCCAGCACUAAGCCCCCGGAUGAAGGCUGAGGCCGCGCUGAUAAGACCGGCGGAGGGGAGCUGGUUCUAUACGGUUCCACUGGACAUGUGACACGCCCCCCCCCCCCGCGUCACAGUAAUCUCAAAACCUUUUCCACCCCAUGACUUAUGAAUUAUGGGCUUGUGCAAUAAUAAGAGUUUUGAUCGCAAUGAAUAUUAAUAUCAAGAUCCUUUUUAAUAUAAAUGCAUGAGGGGGGAUGUUGGCGUCGAACACUGUGUGUGUGUUGUUGUUGUUGUUGCAGCAUGCGUCACACGGCUUCAUUUCUUUUGUUUCACAGUAUUCUAGAUAUCUUUUUGUUUCUCCGCUCUUCAGGUUUUCUAUGAUUUGGAUCAUAAUAAAUGUUUUUAUGGUUUCCUGCUUUACUGCCUGUUGACCUCGAAGAUGUUUGACUGGAUUUAAAGCUUUUUAUUUUUAUUUCUAGUGUUGUGUUUUUAAGAAGAUUCCUUUUUUAUAUGUUUGACCUUUUGUAUCUUUAAAAUUAAUAAUAAAUAAAGACUUAAAACCA